CACAAUGUCCCAGAAAUGUUUCAAAGACGCACGGACGCUUCACAUCCCGACCCGGAUUUCCAUCUACUUCCUGUGUGCUGCAGCCUAUUUCAGCACAGGACUGAUCUGCUCACGGGGGCUGCAGGUGACGUCCACCGGCUCGCAGACCGUCCACAAGGCCGAGGGGGAGAGUGCGACUCUGGGAUGCAGAUACACACCCGGCCCCGCUGACACCGGCGAUCUGGACAUUGAGUGGUCUGCUGUGAGUCCAGACACAACGCAAAAGGAUCAAAUGCUUCUGUCUUACACCGGUGGCACUAAAUACUUCCACGCCGAUCUCGCCAACGGGCUCAGCUUUGCCGCCGGUGACCCUUCGAGAGGCGACGCCUCGCUGUCUAUCCCCGUGCUGUCGCCUGCCCACAGCGCUACCUACCAGUGUAAGGUCAAGAAGUCCCCUGGGGUGGACACGCGCAAGAUGUCCCUGGUGGUGUUAGUGAAGCCGUCGGUGCCUAAGUGCUGGGUGGAGGGAGGGCAGCUGGUCGGAGGAGCCGUGUCGCUGCACUGCAAGUCUGCCAGAGGCUCGGCUCCCUUAAAAUACAGGUGGAGGAGGGAGAGCGCCGACCCCAUCCCUGCUGCCGCCACGCAGAACAGCGUCACCGGGGAUCUGAAAAUCAGCAACCACUCGCAGAGCUCUGCAGGAAUCUACCUUUGUGAAGUGAACAAUGAAGUCGGGGCAGAGCGCUGCCGGAUCCACCUGAAAGCAGACAAACCUCCGAACAGAGCGGCCGUGAUCGUCGGCACGGCGGUGGGGUCUCUGCUCCUCAUCUUCGUCCUGCUGGUCUUCAUCGGCCUGCUUUACUGGAAGCUGAGCACCAGGAGACGUUACGAGAAGGAGUUCUCCAAUGAGAUCAGGGAGGACGCCCCGCCGCCGGAGAGCCGCCCGGCCAGCCGCCAGACGAGCCGGGGCGCGGGCCGACGGCCACAGGUCGCCUACUGCCAGGUGGACCGGAGCCAGGGGGGCUCUUCCGGCAGCCACGGACACACUCCGGUCAAAUACCUACCUGUGGAUUACGACGGCGAGUACGGACAUGCGGUGUGACCGUCAAGCCUCGCUCUGUCGUGGUUAAACCGAACCAAGCAGCAGCAGCAGCUUUGCAGAGACUUUAAUUAACGGAAUUAAAAAGCUGUGCAGCGAUUGGACGAUAACAUUGUUCCAUGUAA